AAGGAAGUGGUCAAUGUAAAGUUUAAAAGAUGGCGGCACACAUGUCAAGGCGAAUGUUUAUUGAAUAAUAUCGACAAUAAUUAUAUUUUCUCUUUUAUGAGUCGCUACAGUGGAUGAUCAAGUAUAGACUUAACUUUAUUAAUCAUAUAUAACCACAUACGGACUGACGAGAUGGCAGUGUUGGGUGAAUUAAGUCGAAAUGUGCGGCUAUUACUAGGUCAAAUUCAAAGGUGCCAGCUGAGUGGUUCUGCAAUCAACCAAUAUCUCAAAUCAGUCCGUUGUAUGAGCCAGGCGCCGCCCCAACACGAGCCCACUGUAGAUGAUAUUGAAGCCGUGAACCCGACGUUCAUGAACAGAAACCCGCGGAACCUGGAGCAGAUGGCUUUAGCGGUGAAGGACAGGGGCUGGAGAACAACCUGGCCCUCUCAAACGUUCUACCAUAGGUUGGUGUUCUCGCGGUCCCAGCACCACGUGACAGCGGAGGUGUUUGCCAACGGUGAUCCAGUCCCUGUGCUGUCGUGUUCCACCAAAGAGUGGACCCUGAAGCGUGAGCUUGGUUCCACCCGUUGUGUGGCAGCCAGCCAGGUUGUGGGCGAGGUGCUGGCACAGAGGUGUCGUCAGACUGGCAUCAUUAGGAUGGUGUACAGACACAUCCCCUGGCAAUACCGCUCUGACGCUGUUCAGUUGUUUUGGACAGCGAUGAAAGAGGGAGGAGUCACUCUCAGUGAACCACAACAGAAAUUCAUCGGGACCUGACUUUAGGGGCCAAAAGUUUCCAUUCUACUAGUAUUAUAAAAACACUAAAAUAACUGUAAAGGCUCAUAUAUCCAAUCCAACAAAAUAUUCUCCCUUGUUUUCUGUUUGUUGUAUCGUGUUGACAAGUACACAGAAAACAUUUUAUACAUUAUGUAAUUCAAUAAAAAGGCAGACAAAUGGACAUGGUUUCAGUAUAACCAUUUAUUAAUUCACUCAUACAGUAUAGCUGUAAACAAAUGUGCUGAAAACAGUGGGGGAGAUAACACUUAACCAGAACAGAGGACAAUGCAUCGAGACAUCAUUGAUAACAUACGUAAUUGAUGACAGAUACAGGUCAUUGAUCGAUUCGAUCGCAGUACAGCAGAGGUUGGCUCAGGCAGUGUCAAUGGCAUGAUGUUGUGGUGGAAACUUGUUUCAAUGAUGAAUAUAAAAAAAAAACAGCCAGCUAAAGACUUUUAAAAAACAUUUGAUCGAUAAAGAAGUCAGCAUGAAGAGUGGGAGGAGCAUCCAGUCAACUGCGGAAAGUUCAGAAACAAUGCUGAAACUACCUCAAUCCUCUCAAGUCCAAGAUAGACACACAAAAACCCUACCGUAACCUGACCAACCCCCAAAAAGUCCACUACAUGAAUAAAAUGCACUCUGGUCAUAAUCAGCAAAGUCAGAGGACACACACACACACACACACACACAGCGGAAUGCAUUCAAUGAAAGUAGCUACAUACUGCAUAAUAACAUGAUCCCAUUCAAGCAAG